AGUAAGCAAUAUAGUACAGUGUCAGCACCGGAACUGGUAGUUUGUUCCAUAUAUCCAAGUCGAACAAGCACAUCGAACAGCUUUGCUUGCAACGUUCACGUUAGUGAUCCACAACGGCAUCCGGUGGCGGCUAUGGAGCUUUGUAAACGGUAUCUAUGGCUAGCGGCCUUCCAACUAUUAUGGUCACUCUGCAUAGUGGAAUGUUACCCAGACGGUAUAAAUUUCUAUAAAGAUCUACAAAGAAUAAAAAAUGAUGACGAAUUGGAAGGAAUCCUUACCGAUGAACCGGUUGCGCUGCCAAGGAUUCUUUACUUCCGAACGCCGUCUUCCGCCUUUGCCGACAUUGCAGACCUAACAGGAGCGUACGAAAAGCGGACAGUGAACAAAUACAAAAAUAUGAUGCUGAACAAGGAUAGCCUCGACAUACCGCUGAUGGAUGAUGUGGAACAGACGAAGGAAGCAACGCGGUUCUUCUUUCCACGCGUCACACCGAAGCGGUCCCCGGGAGCCAUCCUGAGCUGGGCUAUUCCGGCCGCCAAUCGAGUGCGUGUCGUCAGCACGAACUAUCGGCCACCCGGUAUUAAUCGGCCUGCGGCCUAGAUCUUACACCUGUAGGAUCCUUUUGAGGAUGGGUCUAUCGGUUCCAUCGACACUCCUACCCUCCCGGACCAGUAUUCUUUCUCUCGCGUCUUGUAUCGGACGAGGAAGUGGGGCGAGCUACUACUACUACAACAACAACAAAUGUAAGCAUCUGCGCUGGCUUCAAACUGCAGUCUAACUAUUUUUAAGUCGUUUCAUCAAUAACAUCAAUAUGGAUUAAUGUAGUUCUGCUAAUAAAACAAAACCGAAUGGCUU